AAGUCUGCGAUCGACACUCUCACACUAGAAAGAAUUUGCGAAACCCUACCUUCAAACGAAAUGAGCACCACCACUCAAGGAAGUAAUAGAGUUCUUCAAUGUGGUCGAACAAACAAGACCGACAAAUCGAGACGCAGCUGGUUGAUGCGUGAUGAAGCGAUUUUGUUGGCGUCGUUGAAGGAGUUGGUUGCUAAUGGAUGGAAAUCAAAUAACGGAUUUCAGGCCGGGUACUUAACUAAGCUCGAAGAAGCUAUGCGAAAGGAGUUCCCAACCACUGAUUUGAAAGUCAUGCCACACAUAAACUCGAAGAUUACCAUAUGGAAAAAGAAUUACAACUCGUUAACUAAAAUGUUGAAACCUAGUGGCGUCGGAUUUAAUUUGACGGGCACACAUAUGAUAGAUUGUAAUGAUGAGCAAUGGGAACAAAUCGUGAAGAAAGAUAAUAACGCACGUUUGAUGCGGAACAAGAGCUGGCCGUAUUUGGAUGAUUGGAAGGAAAUCUUUGGAAAGGAUCGGGCCACAGGCGACGUAGCUGAAGAUGUGAUGGAAGUUGCGCAUGAAAUGUACCGCAACAUAGAUCUUGCUCAACCCAAUGUUGAUGGGGAUUACCACGUAUCCCUAGAAGAUUUGAGUGAGACCGCCGAUGCUGCCGACAGUGUUAGUGAAACCCAACAAACAAAUGGUGAAGUGCGCAGGGUGAAGAAGAAGAGAAAAUCUGAUGAUGGAUUCGAUAGGCUGAUCGACGCCAUGGUUGAAAUUACUCGCACAACCGAUAAAAGGUUUGAAGCUAUUACAAGUAGAACGGGUUCAUGACUUUGACAUCUCAAAAGCGUGGAAAGAGGUCUUCACCCAAUUGAGCUCAAUUCCGGGUUUGUCUCUCAAUGAUAAGUUCGAAAUAACCGAUUUACUAGUGAAGGAAGUAGAGCGCCUCGAUGUCUUUUCAACUCUCCCCAACGACGCAAAAGCCGAUUAUGUUCACUACCUACAAGCAAUGAAAUACAAGUAGGUAGCAUGUUGCCUUAUAUUGCACCGGUGCUGCAACUUUUGUGAAACUUGUCAGAUGCCAGAAUCAUUGUUUUAUGCCGGUUUUUAUGCUGCUGUUGCAACUUUUUUAUGUUUUGUUGGACCAUGGUUGACUCUGCCACUUUAAAUUAGUAGGAAUUUCAUGAUGUUUUAAUCUUGAUGUUUGAACUGAUAUUAUCU